AUGUCGUCUUUCACUCAACCUACCGAAUUGAGACCACAAGACCAGUUGAUUGCAAUCGCCGCCAUGGCUGAUGUUUAUCUCGUCCCGAAACCAGCUCAAAGCCAACCAUCUGAUAUCUCGUUGCUCAUCGAGCGCUACAGGACAACACGUCUGACAGCGCUUCAACUCGACCCCGACGCUUUUGGAUCGACGUAUGCCCGGGAAAUCCAGUUCACCGACGAGAUAUGGCUCUCUCGUCUUCUGAACCCUCUUAGCAAAACACUGGUGUCUGUUGACGUUAAGCCUCCACCAACGGAGCCCGUGGAUCUCGCACGCCACGAAUGGCUCGGCACAGCGACGAUACUCGGGCCAAAAGUUCUUUCAGAAACAAAGGGCUCGUCUCUGUGGACUACAUACACUCGCGACAACUCCAACGACCCGCCUGACUGGCCAGCGGUGAAGGACAGUAAUGCCAUCUACAUGAUAGCUGGCGUAUUCGUCCAUCCCAGCCGUCGCCGGCAAGGUCGCGGGAAACGGCUCAUUCGGGCUGUAGUAAGCACAGCGACAGAGGAGGCGAAGAGUGCUGGUGCAUCAAGGGUCACCAUCCUGCUAGAAAUUGAAUCGGAGAAUCAAGUGCCCGAUCGUCUGUAUGAAAGUGCUGGGUUUUGGGCCGUUGAUCGGGAAGCCGGAGUGCGCCAAAAUGUCCAACAGCUUCUGGAAUACUCCCAGAACGAGAAGAAGCGUAACUUUCUCGAAACCGUCGAGCUCCAGAUCGGCCUGAAGAACUACGACCCCCAGCGUGACAAGCGUUUCUCUGGUACCAUCCGUCUGCCCAAUGUUCCCCGCCCGGGAAUGACCAUUUGCGUCAUUGGUGACCAGCACGAUCUUGACCGUUCCAAGCACUUGGGAAUCGAGUCCGCCUCCGUUGACGACUUGAAGAAGCUCAACAAGAACAAGAAGCUCAUCAAGAAGCUCGCCCGCAAGUACGACGCCUUUGUUGCUUCCGAGACUCUGCUCCGUCAGAUUCCCCGUAUCUUGGGUCCUGGUCUUUCCCGAGCUGGUAAAUUCCCUACCCCCGUCUCCCACGCCGAAGACUUGGAGGCCAAGGUCACCGAGGUCAAGUCCACCAUCAAGUUCCAGCUUAAGAAGGUUCUCUGCUUGGGUGUUGCCGUCGGCAACGUCGGCAUGACCGAGGACGAGCUCAUCUCCAACAUCAUGUUGGCCAUCAACUACUUGGUCUCUCUGCUUAAGAAGGGCUGGCAAAACGUUGGCAGUCUUGUCAUCAAGGCUUCCAUGUCUCCUCCCAAGCGUCUCUACUAG